UGCAAGGCCGCCCUUGGCAGUUACAAGGCGGCCAUGGAGGACUUCGAGAAGGCUAUUGAGCUGGUUCCCCAAUAUGCAGCUGCAAUCUACAACCGGGGUCUCACGCAGAAAAUCAUUGGCAGGUGCACGGCCUCCAUCGAGGACUUUGAUGAGGCCCUCAAGCUCAAUCCUACAAAUGCAGCUGCGCUCAAGCAGCGCGGACUAUGCAAGGCCAUCCUUGACAGCUACGAGGCGGCCAUCAAGACUACAACAAAGCCAUCGAGCUGGAUCCCUCAUUUGCUGAGGCCAUCCGUACCGAUGUGGAGUCCAUCGUGUUGAACAUUGGCUUCAAGCCCGAGCUGCAUGUAUGCGUCCCAACGCUUUUUUGAGCAAGGGUUUCACCAGAGGCCUUCCCACAGUAGCUUGAAGAAGAAGUUUGAACAAGCUGAAGGCCCCUGAUCCAUCCCAAGUGUAUAUAAUAUAGCCAUAGCUUUAACUCAAUUUUCCUGGCGCGGCACUAUCAGCCUUGUUGUAAUUGAGGUUGCUGUGUUUCUUCCCAUCUAGCUUGUGCGUGUCAUGGCCAAUGACUCUGCCGGGCACCGCACAGUUAAGACACAGCAACUUCGAGGAAUAGACCUGUUUCAGCGCACGCCCCGUGUUGUGCCUGCACCAGCUAUAACUUUCCUUGGCAAUUCUGGCGAUGCUGGCCUGAAAGUUAUAAGUAGGGCUUAAGCAGGGCAGGUUGCCCACAGCGUUGAGAGCAUGC